ACACAGUAUAACAUUACAGACAUGUGCUGCAUAUAUCUGCUGCUUCAUUAAUAAUUAAAUAAUUAUAAAAUACAAUGUUAGUUACAGCAGUUUGCCUGAUUUUAUGGAUGAUUCAGUGGAAAUUAUGUUUUUUGUUUUAUUUCACAUGCACAGCCACAGAACAGAAAACUUUAGUCUUUAUAGACGAUGCAACAUUGAUAGUAACAACAAAACAAAACAAAAGCUAAUUGAGAAUUUCAGUGACAUGUUUCCCGUCAUCCAUAUUUUCUUGUUGUUUCCAUAUUAUAUUAUUUUUCUCCAUUGUUCUGGUUGUGUUUCAUGUAGAUUCGAUGUUUGUCAGUUUUUCCACUGAGGAGAUUUCAUGAUUCAGUGAUAUAAAGGCUUUUUACUCGCCAACAGUAUAUUUUAACAGAUAUCUGUCACUAGUCUCUCUGUGUCCAGUAGGUGGAGCUGUAAUAUUAACAGAUCCCUGCUUGUUGCUCUUUUCCAAUUGAACCACGUUUGAUUUUGUGUUUUCAUUUUUUCCACCUCUUCUGUUGAUGUUUGUCUUAUUUGAAUAAUUUAAACAAUGUAAAACACUUGAAGAUGGUUUUUGGCAGUCAGAUUUCACUGGAGUCAUUGUUUCCUUCCUCACACACUUUCAUCAAUGAUCAGUUCAGAUGGGAGGAAGAACGUGUUUGUAACAUCAGUUGGAUAAAAUGAGGUGAAUCUGUGAACGGUUCCUGUUCCGCUCAGAAAUUCAGAAAAUAGAUUUUUGGAUUUAAACAAAACAUGUCAUAAACCUGCUCAUCGGAGGAAUGGAAGUGUUUAGGAAAGAAAACACAUGACAAAUGUUUAUAUUUUCAGAGAGAAAGGUCUUAAAAAUAGGUCCGAUCUACUGUGACCUGUUAAUAUUAUAGAUCUUUGACUGACCUUUUGUGACUUUCACUUUCAAUUUUGCACCUGCUCCGACGGCGGAGAAAGAAGUUCAGUAGUCGUUGUUCUUCAUAAACUUCAUAAAUAGAGAGAAUAUGCAGCAUGUCGGAAACCCCGAUCACUCGACCAAGAAUUGGUGAUUUAAAGGCAUGAGAACGCAAACGGACGUCAAAAGGUGAUUAUUGAUCAGAUACUAUGCAAAGCAUGAAGCGCAGAGGCAGCAUUGAACGCCUGCCACCAAACUUGUGUGAGCUGAGGGUUGUUCUGCUGGGGAACAGCUGGUCUCAGAGGAGUUCAGUGGGGAACUUCAUACUGGGAGAGACUGUGUUCAACACAGAGGAAGAAGCAGACUGCUGUCAGAGAGUCAGAGGACAGGUGGAGGAGAAAGAAAUAGUUCUCAUCAACACCCCAGAUCUGCUGCUUCCUGACAUCUCUGAACACAAACUGACAGAACAUGUGAAACACUGUGUGAGACUCUGUGAUCCUGGACCUCAUGUGUUCCUGCUGGUUCUACAGCCUGAAGACUUCACUGAGGAACAGAAGAAGAGGCUCUGCAGAGUCCUUCAACUCUUCAGUAAUCAAUCAUUUGAUCGUUCACUGGUUCUGAUAUCAACACCCAGAGAGAAGAGGACAAGUCUCAUAGAAAACUAUGAACACCAUCCAGCGUUUGGAGACAUGAUCGGAAAAUGUAGACGCUGGUUGUUGUGGCAGAAACAUGAAGGUUCAGAUCUGUUAACAAUCAUGGACCAAAUUGUAAAGGAGAACAAUGGAGAUCAUGUGAUCUGUGAUGUGUUUAUGGACACUACGUUUGAUAUAUCCAGUGGGUUUGGAAGCCUGAGACAAGCAGAAGCAGCCAGAGUCCACUUGGAUCCUUCUGGAGCUGUUGGGCUGAAAUUCCUCUGGUAUUCAGCAAAAAAUUGGAUCAUGCCAGCGGGAAGUGCAGCCAACCAGUUCUCUGCACCCAGGAUUGUGCUGGUCGGGAAGAGUGAAGACAAAAAGACAAAACUUUGUAAUUUCAUUCUGAGAGAGCAAGGACUUCACUCCCAAAAACAAACACCAGCCAGACAAUGUGUGGCUACCCGUGGGAAGUGGAGAGGAAAAUCUCUAACAGUAAUAAAAACUCCAGACAUCUUCAGUCUGUCUGUUGAAGCAGUGAGAGAAGAGAUGAAGAACUGUGUGAGUCUUUGUCCUCCUGGACCAAAUGUUCUGCUGCUGUUAGUGAAACCUUCUGAUUUCACUGAGGAGAACAGAAAAACACUGAAGUUCAUCCUGAGUUUGUUUGGUCAAGAUGCUUUUAGAUACUCAAUGGUCGUCAUAACAGACAAGAAGAGUGGAACACAUUCAACUGUGAAUCAGCUGAUUAGAGACUGUGGAGGAAGAAACUACAACAUGUUUGAAAGUGACCACAGAGUGUUAAUGGAGAGGAUUGAGAACAUUGUGCAUGAAAACAGAGGAACCUUCCUCACCUUCACUGAAGAGACCAUAAGACCAAAGUCUGAACACAUCAAACCAUCUUUAAACCUGGUUCUGUGUGGGAGGAGAGGAGCAGAGAAGACUUCAGCAGCCAAGGCCAUUUUAGGUCAGACAGAGCUUCAUUCAGUCUCCACCUCAUCAGAGUGUGUUAAACAUCAGGGAGAGGUGUGUGGACGUUGGGUUUCCCUGGUGGAGCUGCCUGCCUUGUAUGGAAAACCUCAGGAGGCAGUGAUGGAGGAAUCAUUCAGGUGUAUCUCCCUCUGUGAGCCUGAGGGCGUCCAUGCCUUCAUCCUGGUCCUACCUGUGGGUCCCCUCACUGAUGAAGACAAGGGAGAGUUAGAGACCAUCCAGAACACAUUCAGCUCUCCAGUCAAUGACUUCACCAUGAUUCUGUUCCCUGUGGAGUCAGAUCCUACAGCUCCAGCUGUUGGUAACUUUGUAAAUAAAAGCAAAGACAUCCAGGAGCUCUGUCAGAGCUGUGGAGGAAGAUCUGUUGUUCUCAACAUCAAGGACAGACAGCAGAUCCCAGAUCUGUUGGACACUGUGCACAAAGUUAGACUCUCCAAAGAACCAUCCUGCUACACAACAGAGACAUUUGCACAUGUUCAAAUAGGAAAGAUCAUACAACAAGAGAAACACAUCACCACACUAACGGCUGAAGUUGAGAUCCGGAACCGGACAAUCACUGUCGGUUGUGAUGAAGAGAAACAGAGUCCAGAGAGUCUCAGGAUUGUGCUGAUAGGGAAGACUGGCAGUGGAAAGAGCUCUUCAGGAAACACCAUUCUGGGAAGAAAGGUGUUUAAAGCUGAAUCAGGUGUAAAAUCAGUCACCAGGUUUUGUCAGAAAGCAGAGAGUGAAGUGGAUGGUCGUCCUGUUGCUGUGGUCGACACUCCUGGUCUGUUUGACAGUAGUAUGUCCCAUGAUCAGGUUAAUGAGGAGAUGGUGAAAUGUCUCAGUCUUCUGGCUCCAGGACCACAUGUCUUCCUGUUGGUGUUACAGAUUGGACGAUUCACACCAGAGGAGAAGGAGACACUGAAACUCAUCAAGAAAGGUUUUGGAAAGAAUUCAGAGAAGUUCACCAUCAUUCUUUUAACUGGAGGAGAUAAACUGGAACACGAGGAACUGUCCAUUGAAGAAUACAUUAAAGAGAAAUGUGAUGAUUCCUUUAAGAAGCUGAUCUCUGACUGUGGAGGAAGAUACCAUGUGUUUAACAACUAUGAUAAACACAAUCACACACAAGUCAGUGAGUUGAUCAACAAGAUCGACACCAUGGUGAAGGAAAAUGGAGGCAGCUGCUUCACUAAUGAGAUGCUGCAAGAGGCUGAAGCAGCGAUAAAGAAAGAAGUGGAGAGAAUCCUGAAGGAGAAGGAAGAAGAGAUGAAGAGAGAGAGAGAGGAACUUAAAAGAAAACAUGAAGAAGAAAAAGAAGCCAUGAAAAGGAGAUUGGAUGAACAGAGAGAAGAAAUUGAACAAGAGAGAAAACUGAGAGAAAAACAGCUCAAGGAAAUGGAGGAAAACAACAAGGAGCGUGAGGAGAGAAAGAAAGAACAGGAGAAGAGAGAAGAGGAGGACAGGAAGAAAAGACAACAGGAAGAAAUUCAACAACAGGAGUGGGCACAAAAAAUUAAAGACCUGGAGGAUAAAAUGAGAUCAGAAUCAGAAUCAAAGCAAAUGACAGACAGAAAACUGAAGGAGAGAACAGAAGAGAUGAAAAAACAACAAGAGGCCUGGGAGAAGGAACGAAAAGAGUGGUGGGAAAAACGAAAAGAAGAUGAUGAACAGAGACGACAGGAGGAACAAAGAAAAAUUGAAAAACUUCAAGAAAAGUACAAACAGGAAAGAGAAAAAUAUGAGAAGAAAGAAGAGAAAAGAAGAAAAGAAGAGAAUCAGGCCAGAAGAGAAAAGGAGGAAAAAGAGCGAAAAGAAUUAGAAGAAAAGUAUAAAACAGACCUGGAGAUGAUGAAGAAGACAUUUGAGGAAAAAGCCAGAAAGAGAGCUGAAAGGUUCAGUGAAUUCAGAGAGAAAUACGUCAAGAAAUUUGCUGCUCAGAAGGAAGAGCAUGAGAAACAAAUGAAAGACAAAGACGAGAAAUAUGACCGCACCGAAAAUGAAAGCAAGAAAAACCGUCAAGGAGAAAUCAGUGACUUGGUGAAAUGUUUGACCAAAAAGAGUGGAAAUGUUGAAAAAAUCAAGGACUUAUUGAUAAAACAUGAAGACCAAAUGAAGAUGGUGAAAACUGACACAGAAAAAGAAAAUCUGCAAGCAAAACAUGAAAGUGAAAUAAGUGAUUUGAUACAAGAACUUCUGAGAGAAGAAUCUUCAUUAGGUGUUUUAUGAAGUGGUUUGUUUCAUGUGUUGUGGAACAGGUACUGCUGGAGGAUUUAUUUUUGUUAUUUCUGGGUGAACUAUACAAUUGCAUAUCAAAUAUUCUUUUUGAAUGAGUAAAGUUCUUCUCUUAGAGACUCUCAGUUAGUCAUCUCUAAGCAGGAGUUUCUAAAAGCUCAUGUAACAUGUUUUGUUGCCACAGAGAAAAUUAAUUUAUGUUAUAAUGACUGUAAAACAAGUGGAAUCAUUUUGACACUUCAGUAGCAGAAAGUGGCAGGAAUCAUCUCAAGAAGUGAAAAUACACAUUGACAUGAUGAGAAGAACAAGGAAAAGUUAAGUCGUUAUUAAUUUUAAUUCACAUCUUUCUUUGAUGUCAUGAUGUUUUCCAUCAGGUCAAGGGAAAGUGAUUAGAAAAUUUGUUUGUUUUGUUUUUUUAACUUCUACCACAGCCUUGAACCAUAUAUAGCCUAUGGUGUUAGUAUGUGUCUGAAAUACUUUAUCGGAAGUAUUUCAUGUUUCAAUUUUACAAAGACAAAAGCAUCAAGGGUAAAGCUAGCAUCUCUAGCUAUACCUGAAAUUGGGUCAUUUUAUACUCAGGCCACUAAGGUAAUUAACACUAAGCCCUGCAGCUGUACCAUCUACUAGCAGGCCACAAAUUAUAGUGUCAUCCAUUACCAGUGCCAGACCAACUCAUCUCACUAAUCUGGGUGAGGAUCCUUUACUGUAGCCACAGUUUAAUUAAAUCAAUGGAGAUAUGAUGUAAAAAUAUGAUGCAAAACAUUCAACAAACUAGAGACUUAAAAGCUUAUUCUACAGUUUUGAGAGUGAAAAAAAAAUCAUACCGAGACAGGAUACUUUUCAUUUCAACAAUAUUUUUAAACAACACUAAACCUUUCUUUUUGAAGGUGAUGAGCAGAUAUCCUGCAAUAAAUCUUGUGGUCAGCUCAAGUGUAGAGUUUCAGUCAUCACUGUAUCUUUGAGUCAGAUUGACGAUGUUGAUUUCAGUCCAGAAUUCACUCACUAACCCUGUAUACCAGUUCUUUAAAACUCCUUAUCUGUAUCACUAAAAAUAACUCUUUAAUCUGUCUCAGUCUGGGUGCUGUAAAGCUUGGUAAAAUCAAUUCAAUUCAAUUCAAUUUUAUUUAUAUAACGCCAUAUCACAACAACAGUCAUCUCAAGGCACUUUUCAUAUAGAGCAGGUCUAGACCGUACUCUUUAAAAUAGAUAUUUACAGAGAGAGACCCAACAAAUCCCACCAUGAGCAGCACUAGGAGACAGUGGCAAGGAAAAACUUCCUUUAAGAGGCAGAAACCUCGAGCAGAACCGGACUCAGGGUGGGCGGCCAUCUGCCUCGACUAGUUGGGUUAAGAAGGAGAGAGAGGGGGAGGGGGGGGGGGGAGGGGGUAGAGAAUAGCGAAAGAAGAACAUAGCAUAACACAGGUUCCAUAUCAGAUGUAAGAUGAGGCCAGUAAUACAGCAGUAGUAGUGAUAGUAGUGAUAAUUAAAGUAUUAACUGCUAACAUAGCAAUACAACUAAUAGCAGUAUAAGUCAUUUCUAAUUCUAGCAGCAGGUGUUGAGUGGAGUUGUAGGAGCAGCAGGAGACUUGUCAUCACAGAUCAGACUCUACAGCUCCAGAGGCAGAAAUACCUGCAGAAAGAGACAGAAGAGGAGAGAGAGACGGAAGAGCACAAUACUACAGGAAAGGGGACAUAUUGAGUUAGUAACAUGUAACAUGGGAUAUGAAUCCAUAUUGAGUG